AUGAAGGGCCCAAAGAGGCCGGGCCUCCGGUCGGGAAACAGAAAAAUCACGCGUCGGAUGAUUGCCACCUUGAUCGGUAAUUUUGAUAGGUUCUGAAUGGAAUUUUGUAGAUUCCAUUCUUCUUCUUGAGUUCAUUCAAAAUUUUUUUUGAAGGGCUAGAAAAAUUUCAAGUGAUCACUUAGGGGUUAAAUCCAAACUUUUGAAAUAAAAUAGCUUACAAAUUAAAAAAGCCCAGUCUUGUAAAAUCCACUUGAAAUUUCUAUAAAAAUGCGUAAAUUAUAAGUGAUCACUUAAGGGGAAACCUAGAGGACGGGGCCUUCUCAAGAAAACACUCCAAUUCUACCAAGUGGCCACUCAAGAGGUUCUUGAGGUCUCUUAAGUGGUCACUAGUUUUUUAAGCAUGGUCACUAGCCUUUCAAGCGAAAGAGCGUGAAUAAAAACCGUUUUCCCUUAAGUGAUCACUCAAGGGGAAGCCUGUAGAACGGCACCUUCUGAAGACGGCACCUCAAAUCGAAUAAGUGAUCACUUAAGAGGCUCUUGAGGUCCCUUAAGUGGUCACUAGUCUCUCAAGCGAUAGAGUUUGAACAAAAACCUUUUUCCCUUAAGUGAUCACUCAAGGGGAAACCUAGAGUACAGCGCUUUCUCGAGACGGUACUCUAAAUUGUACAAGUGACCACUUAAGAGACUUUCAAGGUCGCUUAAGUGUUCACCAGUCUCUUCAGCAAAAGAGCGUGAAGAACAAUCUUUUUUCCCUUAAAUGGUCACGCAAGGGGAACCUAGAGUACGACGCCUUCCCAAAAAAAUAUUCAAAAUGGACAAGUGACCACUUAAGAGGUUCUUGAGGCCUAUUCAGGGUAAGAGCGUGAAGAAGACCUUUUUCCCUUAAGUGAUCACCAUUGGUCUUUCCAACCUUUUUGGUCGCAUUCAGAAUGGCUCGACGCGUCGCGGUCGCGCUGCGGUUCAAUUCAAAGCUUCAAAUUUUUUUUAGCAAAGCGUACGAAGACGCGAUUCCGAAAAACUCCAGUGUUGAGCCAUUCCAAAUGCGCCCAGAAUUUUUUUUAUUUCAAAAAUCCGUUAUAGGAAUCAAAAACAAAGUUUUAGUAGUCCUUUAAAGGCAUCAAAAAGUGAAAAAAAAGAUCAAAAUUUUCUAUGGAUAAACCUUUGUGAAAGACGUAUUUCAGGUGCGGGUCCGGACUCGGAAAAAAAGCAGGUAAAGAAGUUCACGAAGAAGAAAGUGAAGGCCUCGACUACCACGGCUACCAUAACAACUAAUGGUGAUUGAAAAUGGAAAAACUUCAAAAAUGUAUAAAAACAGAAAAAAAUUUCAUUUUUUGAAGCGUUUCUGGGAAACGGUCUCAUCUCAAAAUUUGAUUUUUGAUAAAGAUUAGGAUCAAGUUUUUUUGCUGAUUCCAAAUCUGAGCUCUACUUACUGUUAAGAAGUCCAGAGAGGACCACUUUAACAAACCCUAUAGGGGCCACUAAAGCUGGCAAAAGUGGUUAUUAUAGGGGUUUCUAUGAUAAGAACCAAUUCCAUGCAAAAAAUUCGAAAAAUUAACGUUUUUUGAAUGGAAAACGUCAACGUAGGAAAAAAUUAUCGAUUUUCAAAUUGAACAAAAAAUUGAAAGACCCCUAUAGGGGCCACUUAGGCUUUAUAAAGUGGCUUGGAGGUCACACUUUGAACCCCUGUAGGGACCACCUAAAUUUUACCCCAGGGGCCAUUUUUUUGCUGGCAAAAGUGGUCACCUUAUGGAUUUCAGUAGCCUCUUUAGGAAAAAAAUAUCGUUUUUUUCAAAUGAAAAAAAUAUCAAAAAUAAGAUAAAAAGAUCAUUUUGUUUUUUUUAAAUUUUCAUGAUGAACGAAAAAAAUAAAAAGACCCCUCUAGGGGCCACUUAGGCUUUAGAGACUUGGGGUCAUACUCUAAACCCCUAUAGGGACCACCUUGAAGUUACCCCUAUGGGGACUACUUUUCCGGCCCCUAUAGGGAGCGCUCUGGCGUUUUCAAGGGGAACUACCAAUGAGAACGGCGAAAAAAGUUAUGAGCACCCAAAGUUCAUAAAAAAAGAGCCCAUUUUUGGGUUGGAGGGUAAGAUUUCCCUGGUUAUCAAGAAGGAGUCAUUUUUGAAAUAAUAUUCAAAAAAAAAAUUUGCUGAGAUAGGAUUUUCCAAAGUUCUUCACAUGCUUAAGACGUUACAGUAGACGACUCCGAUAGCUUUUUUUCAACUUUUAGUGGUCAUAACUUCUUUCACAGACCUCUUUGACAGUUUUUGAGUACAUUUUUGGAAUCAGCAUAAAAAACUGCCCCUAACCAACCAGUUUAAAAGUCCUAUAGCUGAUUCACGGCUGGCUUGAGCCAUUGAGAAAAUGGUCCUGCCGCGAAAAGAGGCGAGACAGUGCCCUGGUCGGUGGAGAGUGCAGACAGACAGGCCACGCCUUUUUGCGUCCCAAGCUAGCCUUGAAUAGUCUAUAGACAUGCUUCUUUCUGAAACUAAUAAAUCCCGAUUUUUCAACUAAAAAUUGAAGAUUUUCCAGUUCUCGAACCCUCCGAACAAUGGACGAGUACCAGUAGUUCCGGUACUCCCUCGAUUUCAACCCGGGCUUCUAGGUUCUUUGAUUUUUCUUUUUCUUCAAAAUAUAUUUCUUCAGAUCGAACAAAAAUACCACACCGAUGAAUGAGCACGUUCUGCAACUUCUGGUGGACGCCAGGAAGAAAAUGGACGAGUUGGACGGCUCGGUAGGUUUCGAGGUGCAACCGACCAAAAACGACUUGCGCGUUUUAAAGAAGUGCUUUGGAAAUCCAGAGCGGUCCCUAUAGGGGCAACCUUAAGGGCCCUCUAGGGACCACUUUAGCAACCCCUAUCAUACACUUCUUGAAGGUGCAACCGACCAAAAACGACUUGCGCGCGUAGAUAUUAGAAAGCAGUAUUUAGGGCCUCCAGAGUGGUCCCUAUAGGGCCCUUGGAGUGUACCGUCUAGGGACCACUUUAGCAACCCCUAUAGAGACAACUGAAGCUUGCAAAAGUGGUCCCUAUAGGGGACAUACCAGUCUAUAAUGGUUAUGAACUCUAAGCGAAGAAGCAUUUCCAUGGGAAAAACUGAAUAAAUAAGCGUUUUUGAAUGAAAUUGAGAGACCCCUAUAGGGCCCACUUGAGCUUUAGGGGCUAAGCGGUCAGACCCCUACAGAAACCACUUUUUCGAGGUGCAACCGACCAAAAACGACUUGCGCUCGUCGAUAUUAAAAAGCAUUCGAGUGGCCGCGACGCUCUGAGCCAUUCCACAGAAUAAUUCAGAAAAAAAACUGUUUUUUGCUAUUUUUUAGUAAUGUCAUAGACUUAAUCAACUGGCCGUUUAAUAAAAUGAAAAAAUCUAUUUUUCCUGAAAGCUCACAGGCGAAAGUCGUUUCUCGGUCGGGCGCAAGUCCCAAUUUUGUUGUUAAAAAGUUGUCGCGUUAGUUUUAUCAUUAAAUCAAAACUUUUUAAGGCUUAAGGUGAGUCUUAAAGCUAGAAUGUGCCUUGGAGCGUAAGUAGUUUCUAGUCGGGCGCAUAUGUCAGUUAACACCCUGAUCCAUUCCAAAUGCGGUCAUGCUCUUAUUUUUUUUUCAGAAAAACUGUUUUUUGCUAUUUUUUAGUAAUGUCAUAGACUUAAUCAACUGGCCGUUUAAUAAAAUGAAAAAAUGUAUUUUUCCUGAAAGCUCACAGGCGAAAGUCGUUUCUCGGUCGGGCGCAAGUCCCAAAUUUUGUUUUUUAAAAGUUGCCACGUUAGUUUUAUCAUUCAACGACAACUUUUUAAAGCUCAAAGUGAUUCCUAAAGCUAGAAUGUGCUUUGGAGCGUAAGUAGUUUCAAGUCGGGCGCAAUCGUCAGUUGACCUUUUUCACCAGCCAAUUCCCAUUUUUAGUGGAGGGAUAAAGCUUGGAAGUUUCAUUUUAAUCCUACAAUUUUUUGGCGGAUUAAUGGAUUUCCUGAUAUCAUGGACUCGUUUUUUGGAGCUCUCCAUGGCAAGGAACCUUUCAAUUUUGAAUCGAAAAAACUUUUUUUCGCGUCUUUUUUCUGUGCUUUACACUGUCCUCUUUGCACUUUCGAGGCGUCCUAUUCAAAGUUGGCUUUUUUCGGUUCUUUUCGAAGGGCGGCCGCCGCUUUGUGACGCACUUUUCGUGGUCUUUUGUUUAGCUAGAAAGGAGAAAUUUGGAAUUUGAAUUUGUCUAGCCGUUUGGUGAGAGUAGGGAUUUUCGGCUUCUUGAAAAAAAUUCUAGAAAUAUGUACCAAAAAAAGAAGUUUUUGUUCUGUGUUAGGAAAUUCGGAGUGGUCCCUAUAGGGUUUAGAAGGAAAAUGACUCUUAUAGGGAAUGAAAAUGUGGUCCCUAAAGGGAUUUAGGGUCUCGCCCCUUAACCCCGAAAGCUCAAGUGGACCCUGUAGGGGCCGAAAAACUGGUCCCUAUAGGGGUUUAGGAUCUGUCUCCUAGGGUUCUUAAGCUCAAGUGGUCCCCAUAAGGGUGAUAUUAAGGUGGUCUCUUUAGGGAAUUAGGAUCUGAGUCCUUACAGCGCCUAAAGCUCAAGUGGUCCGUAUAGGGGUUAGGAGGAAAAUGACCCCUAUAGGGGUAAAAUUAAGGUGGCCCCUAUAGGGAAUUAGGGUCUGAGCCCUUCGCCCACAAAGCUCAAGUGGAACCUAUAGGGGUCUUUCGAUUUCUUUCAAAAACACUUAUUUACUGACAUUUGCGCCCGACAAGAAACUACUUACGCUCCAAAGCACAUUCUAGCUUUAGGACUCACUUUAAGCCUUUAAAAGUUGUCAUGUAAUGAUAAAACUGACGUGACAACUUAUAAACAACAAAAUUGGGAUUUGCGCCUGACCGAGAAACGACUUUCGCCUGAGAGCUUUCAGGAAACUGAAAAACCCUUUGGGGGCUGAAAAAGUGGUCCCUUUAGGAGUAAUAUCGAAGUGGCCCGUAUAGGGGUUUAGGAUACGACAGGUUAGCCUCUAAAGCUCAAGUGGACCCUAUAGGGGUCUUUCAAUUUCGUUCAAAAACACUUAUUUUUUCAGUUCUUUCCCAUGGAAGUGCUUCUUCGCUUAGAGUUCAUAAUAACUAUCAAAUAUCUUGACCCCUAUAGGGGCCACUUUUGCAAGCUUCAGUGGUCCCUACGGGGGUUGGUAAAUUACAUCCUAAGGUUGCCCCUAUAGAGAUCAUUCUUGAGUUCCUAAGCAACACUGUCCUAAAACUUUCGCAAGCUUUAGCGGCCACUGUAGGGGUUAUUAAAGUGGACCCUGUAGGGAACCUUCCAAAGGCUUCUAAGGUUGCCCCUGUAGGGACUGUCCUAAACAUGCAUGUCUUUGAAACGAAAUUCUUCAUUUCUUUUCCAGUCCACGACAUCCGGGGAAUCUUCGACCACCAUGGCCGCCCAGCCACCCGUGACGCGCAAGUCGAAGAGAAAAAUUCGAAGAAUAUCGGCGCGAAUCAUUGAGACAACUGUUGGGGAAGCUCCUCCGCAGAUUGAUGAUAUGGCGCCGCCGAAAAAAAUAUCCCGGUCUUCGAAGAAUUCUCCGACGGAUACUCCGAAGGCUACCCAAGAUGUUCCGAACGUCCCGAAGCCGAUCGUCGCUCGGAAGGAUCUUCGAGUCGUUCAGCACAACGAUCAGCUUUAUCUCAGAGAGGUUUCAGAUUUGGCCAAAGUUUGAGGGGUUCUUUUGAGGCUCUAAAAAAGCUUCUUUCUCUAAAAAUUUCUUUGGGGAAGGUCCGAAAAGCAUUUAUUUUCAUGUAAUCAAGAUUUUUUGGAAAUAGUUCUCUUUUGAUUUUGCAAAAAACGUUCAGUCGGUAGUUUCUUAUUGGCUCUGAAGCUCGAAGUGUUUGAGCCUAUUCCGCGCCAGCUUGUCACGUUUUUAUUUCCGCCAAAUGGAGCAAAUUUGAGCAAAUUGAUUAACAUUUCGCUUCAAGAACUUUUUUUGCAGUUUUCGAGCCAAAAUUUUUUUUUUCCUGUUCUUUCAGAACGUGACCGUCCCGCUAUACUUGAUGAAAAUUAAAUAGCGAUUUUCACAAGAUUUAAUUUUUCUUAUCGAUUGAAAGCAUAUGGUAAGCAAAAAAAAAUGGGAUUUGAGAUAAGUUUUUUAUUUUGUGGAUCUAGGGCGUGUCGAAAGGUACACUUAAAAACGUACAGAAGUUUCUCGCUUUGAAGAAAAAUUAGUUACUAGUUGGAGAACAUCAGUUUGGCAUACUGUAUGUUUAAACUGUGCAUACACAUAUCUUCAUUGAUAACGAGUUUUUUUGUACCAAAAAAAUAGACGAAUUUGAAGAAAAAAAUAUUAAUAAAAUAUUCGAAAAAUACAAAUUUAGUAUAACAGUUAAUUUUUUUGCAAACGCCAGCAGGUCUCAAAAAAAUGGCCUAAUUUGAAAAAAAGCAACAAGAUCCUAUUUUUUUGUAUUUUUUUUGAUUUAUCAAUGUCGAAAAUAGCCGUGUUCAUUUUGUUAACUAUGAAAAAUAGUCUAUUAUGGGCAGCGGAAAUGGCGCACUGGAAACCGGACAGGUUCAUGUGAGAAAACCGUGUUUUGCAGUAAAGUUGCUCUAUGGACAAUAGAUUUUCCCUUUUCAGUGGGACAGCAAAACCCGGAGUAGGAUUUCUUCCGAUAGACGCCUGAGGCGUCAUUUCACUCUUCAGUUCGGAAAUAUUAGAAGCUGUUAGUUUUGAUUUUUGAGAUUUUUCAUUGAAAUGUCCCUUUUCAGACAUUAGAAUUAGAGCGAUCCAACUCGAAAACUGCCUUUCUCGGAUCGGAAGCUCGCUGACGCCGCAAAAAACCCUCGAGAGUUACUCUUUCCCCUUGCAAAAGUUGGAAAAAUGUUUAAUUUUUCAUAAAUUUGGAAAAAUUCCAGUUUGUUCUACAUGUCUCACAGUCAUUACAUCGCCCCGUCCGUUCGAGUUUUAUUGAAUCCGUAAGUUUUUGGGAUUUUUUUUCUUUUGGGUAGGGUUUAAAAGGAAGCUCAUAGCUCAUCCUGGACUUGACGUAAGUAUUCAUCCAAAAAAAGGGAAACAUGAGUUUUUUCGAUUUUUGGAUAGCGGAAUCAAAUCAUUAAGAAACUGGCUUUAUAAACGUUGAUGGGUAAAAAAUCAAUUUUUCCUUAAUUUUGAAAGAAAUCAUGCUGCAAGGUUUUCAUUACUUUUUAGAUAUUUUUUGAAUUUAAGUGUACCUCUGUAGGAGGGGCGGUUCUUCUUUAGAACCCACUUCAGCUUCUGAAAGGCAUCCUGCCGCUCAGUAACUCCACUUAUUGGAAAAAAAUAGGGUCCCCUCUAGGGAUCACUUUACUAACCCCUAUAGGGGCUACUAAAGCUCGCAAAGGGGUCCCUAUAAAAUUUUAAUUAAUGCCCCCUAUAGGGGGCAGUUUUUAUGUAAUCUUUGCGAAGAUGCAUUUCCAUGCGAAAAAUUCAAUAAAUGAGCGUUUUUUUUAAGAAGUUCGAAGACCACUACAGGGGCCCCUCAAGCUUAAGGGGUCAGACCUUAAAUCCCUAUAGGGACCACCUUGAUAUUACCCCUAUAGGGACCACUUGAGCUUUAGGGGUCUAGGACACACACCCUGAACUCCUAUGGGGAGGAUAUUGAUUAUACCCCUAUAGGGGCCACUUUCUCGCCCCUUUUAAGGGAUGUUCCCCCCUAACCCCUGUAGGGACCACUCUGGAAUCCUUAAGUUUUUACAACGCAUGAAAGUGGCUCCCAAAGGUUCCAAGGGGCGCCUUAAGGGAAAACGGAACAACCUUCUGAUGCCUUUUUUGAUAAUUUGAUAACUUUAGGGAUUUGACAAACGGCAAAGCCCUGCCGAUUCCGAUGUACUCCGACAUCGAAUCCAAUUCCGACCCGGGCAAAGACCUGUCCAAAGUGUCGAUCCCGCCGAAAUUCGACUACAUAACUACCACCAACCUGGAUUACCUGCCCAGCAACUACCUGCAAGAAAUCGAGAAUGCCAAUGUCAAAACGGUUCGUUUUGGGAAGAUCCAUGUACGGACUUUUGCCGGUUUUCAGGUCACUUGCAACUGCUACGCGACGGACGACGGCCUGGCCUGCUGGGAAUCGAAAACGUGCCCCUGUUAUCAGCUGAACCGCGAGUUUUGCAACUUGCAAGGCGGCGUCCGCGGGAAAAAUGCCAGGAAAGGGCAUUACACGUGUUUUGUUAGUGUUUUGGUAUGAAAAUUCACAGAAAAAUGAGGAAAUUGACCUUAGAAGGAGAAAAAGAUGCUUUGUGGAUUGAGAAAAUUACACGAAGUUUUUUUUUGACGACGCCCUGCAAAUAGUUUUCCGUAAAGUGUAGUGUGUCGUGUGCAUACACUGCGGCGCUCUGGCACACGCCGUGUUCAACGGAUUUUCACGAGCUGAAAAUCAUUUAUCGUUUUCACUCUCUGGUGGCUAUUUUGAAUUUCGCGGAAUCACUUUGAGCACGGCAACAGAAAAAUUGCGUUUUUUCAAAUGAGAAAUAAAUUCGUCUCAUGACCCAUUGAACAUGCGCCUUUAAUAUUCCCUGUUGUUUACGCGUGUUUCUCAUGACGUCACAUGGGAACGGCAAAGUUUUGACUCCGCCCCUUCAUUUUCUGUUUUGCAUUUUCUUCCUCUAACCAAAACGAUGUGAUUGUUAGAAUUUUAGGGACUCCGGAGUGGUCCCUGUAGGGGCCCUUGUUGGUCACUCUAAGGACCACUUUACCAGAGCUUGCAAAAGUAGCCACUCUAGGGAGGCUUCCGUCGAUUUUUUUAUUCUAAUAAAACUUUCUUAUAAGAAGCAUCUGUAUGCAAAAAACUUGAAAAUUUGCGUUUUAUGUAUUAAAAGUAUCAUUGUAGAAUGAAAUCAUCAAGUUACCAAUCUCUAUAGGGAUCACUAAAGCUUGCAGAAGUGGCCACUCUAGGGGGGCUUAUGCCGUUUUUUUUUUAUUCUAUUGUAAAUUUUUUAUAAGAAGCAUUUCCAUGCCGAAAACUCAAAAAAUAGCCUUUUUUGAAUGAAAAUUAUCAUCAUAGAAUAAGUUUAUAAUGUUACCAACCCCUAUAGGGGUCCCUAAAGCUUGCAAAAGUGGUCACUCUAGGGAGAAUUUUGUCGUUUUAUUUUUUUAUUCUAUUGAAACUUUCUUAUAAGAAGCAUUUCCAUGCCGAAAAACUCAAAAAAAUAGCCUUUUUUGAAUGAAAAUUAUCAUCAUAGAAUAAGUUUAUAAUGUUACCAACCCCUAUAGGGGUCCCUAAAGCUUGCAAAAGUGGCCACUUUAAGGGUUUUAGUGAGUGGUCACUCUAGGGGAGCAUCUCUAGGGACCACUUCAGUUUUAAGGGCUUAGGCUUGCGAAUUAUGGUAAAUUUAUCACUUUUUUUGGAUUUCCGACCGCGUUUCCACAUUUUUAUGACUUAGUAGUGCAUUUUUGACUUUUCCAUCUAUUUUUCAUCAUUUUUCCAGUCGUCCUAUGGUCCGGCGAAGAUCUACGACACGUCCAACGAUUUCUACUCGAUUUUCGGCUUCGCCUGCGGUCCUGCCUGCAAAUGUAGUGGGAAAUGCGCGAAUAAUGCUCUGGCCAUACCGGCGGACCCGAUUUUUGGGUUAAUAGUUCUGGGAAAUCGAAAAAUGAACCUUUUUUUCAGUUUGGAAGUUUUCCGAAGAGACGCCCGGCUCGGCUUUGGGGUUCGGGCGACCUCGUCGAUUCCGAUGGGUAAGUGAAAUGAAGUUCGAAUAAAAGCUUUAUAGGUCUAGGGGUAGUAAAAAUGCACAGAUAUAAGUAAUUUUGCCAAUUUCAUUCAUUUUAAUUUUGAAAUAUGCUUCGGAUGGUGUACGGAAAACUCAAAAAAUCAAAAAAUUAGGAACUCCAAAGUGGACCCUUGGAAGGUCCCCUCUCGGAACAACUUUACAAACCCCUAUAGGGACCAUUAAAGCUUGCAAAAGUGGUCCCUCUAGGGGACGUGCUAGCCGAUAAUUGUUAUGAAAUCUAAAAGAAGAAGCAUUUCCAUGGGAAAAACGGAAAAAACAAGCGUUUUUUUUUAAAGAAAUUGAGAGGCCCUAUAGGGUCCACUUGAGCUUUAAGGCCUAGGGGAUCAGAUCCUGAACUUCUAUAGGGACCACCUUAAUUCUACUCCUAUAAGGACCCCUUUUACGGCCCCCAGAAGGGUCAUUUCUCUCCUAACCCCUAUAGAGUCCAUUUGAGCUUUUGGGGCUGAAAGGUGACUCUAUACCCCUAUAGGGGUCACUUUUUUGGCCCCUAUAUUGGUUGUUUUUGCUCCGAAACCCUAUAGGGUCCACUUGAGCUUCAGGGGCUAAGCAGUCAAACUCCUAUAAGGACCACCUUAAUCUUACCCCUAUAGGGACCAUUUUUCGGACCCUUUAUGGGUUGUUUUUGCUCCUAACCCCUAUAGGGACCACUCUAAUUCCCAAAAUAUCAAUUUCUCAAUCGAAAUCUGUACAAAAUCGUGGUCAAAUACCGUUCAUUACUGGUAAACGAAAAUCCCAUUUUCAGGAACAGCGGUGAUGGAAUUCGCUGGCGACGUCGUGAUGAGCGAGGAAGUGAACAACCGGGACUCCGACGACUAUGCACUCCGGCUGCACAACACCGACGACCACAAGCAGUUCAAGGAUUUCGUAGAGAAGCGUCUCGGAUCAUUUGCGAAGGUUUCUUUCAAGUGAAAAAUUGAAAAAUUGGCUUUCGAAGCUGGUAGAUCGGCUGUUUUGAGACCUUCCUAUUCAUUUUUAAAACUUUCAAAACUCAAAACUUUCUAAAAUUUGGCCAGAACACUCCUUGAGGUACAUUACUGGCCAUAAAGGUAUUUCAAAGGGGUUAAUUCAGCAUAAUUUCUCUAAAAGGGGUUCAAAUGACUUGAAACUUCGCACAGAUUUCAAACAGCUACGCAGUAACUUUUUUCCGAAAAAAAAUCUCAUUUGCUCGAGUCAGACCAGAUUUGUGAGCAAAAAACCGAAAAUCGUGGAAAUGGAAAUUUUUCUCUUCAGAUUCGAAAAAUCAUAUUUUCGAAGAAACGUCGAUUUUCAAUCAGAAAUUAUUUUUUCCUCGUAAAACAAGUCUCCGGCUUCCCAAAAAACCUAAUCAGUCCCCUACUAACCCGAUAGUAAGAGCGUAAUGACUUUUUCUUCGGAAGGCCCUCGCGUUUUGACGCCUCGUUAUUCAAAUAGACUAUACGAGGUCGAUUUUGUUUGAGGACACCCCUUUUCAUGUUGAAAAACUUCAAAACUAGUUUUACACUGUUUUCCUCAGAUUUCUCACGUUAUCCGCUCUCCAGAACUCACUAACUUAACUAGGACCGAAUUUGAAACCUUUUUUCUGAAAAAAGAAUAACCAAUUUGAAAGACCUUUAUGGUCAGUACUGUACUAUACGAAUAUCCUGAAAAUUUCAGCCUGUAGUUUUCGAGAAAAGACAUGUUUCCCAAACGGUUGGCAACGGUUUCCUUUUUUCUGCCCUUUUCCGUCCUUACAUCGCCCUUUAUCCACCCUUUUUGGGCCCUUUUGAAGAAUGCAGAAUUUUUAAAUUGAGAAUAAUUUUUACCAGUGACUGUGUAUGCACCAAAAUGUGCUACAGUAAGACAAUCGGAAGUAUCAAUGGCCGAAACUUUCAGCACCCUUUUUGCACCCUUUUUGUGAGACUUUUUAGCCCACCAAAAAAGGCUCAAUAAAGGCUGCAAAAUGGAACCCUUUUAGCAACCAUUUUGCACCCCUUUUCUGCACUUCCAUAGGCAAAGUCGGAAGGACCCUUCACGGGCCCUUUGAGCGUCCGUUACGGAUCCUUCUGUUCCCAUUAAUUGAUCCUAAACGGGUGGCAACGAUUUCCUUUUUACUGCCUUUUUCCGUCCUUUCAUCGGCCUUUAUCCACUCUUUUUUUACCCUUUUGAGAAACACAAAAUUUUUUGAAUUGAGAAUUAUCUUUACCAGUUACUCUGUAUGUACGAAAAUGUGCCACAGUAAUAAAAUCGGAAAUCAUCAAUGGCCGAUACUUUCAGCACCCUUUUUCACCCUUUUUGCACCCAUUUUGCACCCCUUUUUCACCCCUUUUGCAACCUUUUUGCACCCUUUUUUCACCCCUUUUGCACCCUGUUUUCACCCUUUUUGAGGCUUUUUAACCCACCAAGAAAGAAAAGCUCAAUAAUGGCCGCAAAACAGAACCCAUUUAGCGGCCAUUUUGCACCCAUUUUCAACACUUCCGACUUUGACAGUGAUAGUUCAAAAAGUUUAGAAUUUUUUUCUUUAAAUGAAUCCUCGAUCUUUAAUAAUUUUUAAUAAUAACAUAAAUUUGUUUGUCCACAAAGAAAAAAAUAAUGAAAAAUUUGUCAGAAAUGGUUCUCGAAAAAUUGGUACGUUGACCCGAAAGCACGGGGCAACGUUUCGAGGUACAUUUCCCACGGCUGUUUUCCCAAUCUAGGCUUUUUCCGGUCAGUUUAACGGGAUCGACUUCAUUUUCUUCAAUUUCUGAAUUUUUCAGGGUGUUCCAAGGCGGAUUGGCACCACAUCAAGGUCAUCUUCUAUUGAUCGCCAUGGAGGAUAUCGCUCCGGGAACUGAGGUUAUUCAAAAAAUUGACUUGGGAAGAGUUUUAAUGCAUCUUUUUAAUUGAAAAUCCUCGUCUUUUUCAUGAAAAAUAUAUAUUUUUGUUCAAAUUUUCCAUUUUUCCAAGUUUUUUGGGUCUUCAGGGUCGUUAAUUUUCAAAAUUUUUCUGUUUUCUCCGGUUUUUUUCAAGUCCUUCCUCCUCUUCUAAAGUAUAAUUUUCGAAAAUCGAUAAUUUUUUCUACUUUAUUUUUUUCUUUAACUUAGGAACUCCAGAGUGACCCAUAUAGGGGACAAAACUUGAUCCAUCUAGGUGGUCCCUAUAGGGGUUUAGGGGGAUGAUUCCAGAGCCCCUAGAGCCUGAGUGGCCCCUAUAGGGGUCUUCAAACGAUUUUUUUAAAAUGAUUUUAAAAUUGGAAAGACAAACUUAUCAUAUGUUGAUAAUGCUAAUCAUGAAAGCGUUAGUUGUCCCUAUAGGGGUUGGUUAAGUGGUCCCCAGAGGGGUCGGUAAAGUGAUCACUAGAGAGGAACCUUCAAGGGCUUCUAAGGUUGCCCCUAGAGGGACCACUAUGCUCUUAAGAAAAACCCCUUUUUUCGAUUUUUAGAGAACAAUUUUUCUUUCCGUACAUGGAUUUGUAAUGAGUGAGGUUCACGAAAAAAAGAUCUUUGAAAUUUUUUUUUUAUUUUUAGAACUUUUUACAAGGCCUAUUUGCCAAAUUUCUAUAUAAUUUUAGAAAAUAUCGAUAAAAUACCAAAGAAACCUUUUUUAACCUUCUUUUAUGAUUUUCAAACUUUUCCAGCUCCAAUUCGAUUACGGCGACAAUUACCUGACGGGCCAUUCCAUAACCGAAUGUCUGUGCGGAACGCUCGGAUGUCCUUCCCAGCAGCCUUUCGUUCAUCUCCGACAUUUCAAUGAUGAAGAGGUCCGUUUUUUCUUCAAAUUCAAGCCAAAAAAAUGGCGCAUAAAAAUUGAAAAAUGUCAAAAAAAGGUAUUGAAUUGACUCUAGCCACCAAAAAAAGCAAAAAAAUAUUUUUUUAUUUUCAGAAAUUUGUCCUUUUUUUUAUCUUAGCUUGAAUAAAAAAACCGAUAAAAAUAUAGAAAAAAACAAUCAUCCGCGAAAAAAAUAGAAAAAUUUUAUCUAAAGAGGAGAAAAAAAUUUGAGAAGUUAUAAUUUAAUUUUUGGCCUUUUUUUCGACUUCUCUGGCCUAUUUAUGUGAAUGGUUGUGAUUUGAUGCAUAACAAAGGAUAACUUUUCCUAAAAAAAUCAAUUAAGAAAACAAAAAAACACAUCGAUAAUGGAGGAAACGAAAAAAAUAUCGAUUAAAAAAUCAAACUCUGUGUAAAAUCAUCAUUUUUUUGCACGCAUUUUUUUCGAUCAAAGUUUGCAAAUUUUUUUUAUAAAUAGAAAGUUUUCAUGACAGAAAAAAACUUUAAUGACAACAGAAAAAAAUUGAAAUUUGAAAGAAACGAAGAAAAAAAGCGAAAAAUUUAAAAAAAUGGCGAAGCGGGUUGUCCAUAGAGCAACUUUACUGCAAAAACGCCCUUUGGCGGAAAUUCUUUUUCCUUGAGAUUUUUUUCUCCAAAAACUAGGAACUUCUGUUCAUUUUCAAGUAUACCGUUCGAUUCGCAAUGAAAUGCUCUUCAAAAUGGCAUAUUUUUUUCUCCACGCCAUUUUUUUUUCCGCCCUUAUGCCUUUGAAGGAAAUGGCAUUGAAAAAUUCAGAAAAAAGGGUUCGAAAAAAAUUUUUAUCUUAUUUGAUUUCGAGCUCAGAUUCUAAAAAAUGUUGGUUUCUGAUUUUAUUUAAUGUUCCCAGAUCCGGAAACUCCUGCGCAAAAGACACGAAUCGGCUCUUUCCUGCUACAACUGGGUCAACGGCAUCGAAGAGCCCAAAAAAGAGAAAAUCCCAAAAACCAACGGUCUCCCCCAAAAAAGUUAA